GUCCCCCGAGGAGCAGGGCCCGCCCUCCCCAACCCCAUCGCUGAUUCCCUUCUCCUCGGGGACACCCACCCAGCCGACCCCCGGUCAACUUUGAGCUGGAGAAGCAACUUUGACAGUGGUCGCGGGUUUCGAACUCCGCUUAUUGGCAGCUGGAGCCACCCAAAUCGCUGGGGCUAGGUGGGGCAAGAGUUUCCCAGGCGCAUCCACGCUGCGUCUGCUGUUUGCAACCUGUUUCCAGCGGGAGAGGAGCGGGGUUGUGGCCACUAGGCAUCGGAAGAAGGGAAACUUGUUUUUCUUUGCCUUUAGCGACUUGGGCUUGCUACUGGAUAAAGAAGCAUCUAACGGAUGUAAAUAGGCAGAACAGCUAUUACCAAGAAGGCAUCCACCCAAAGACAGGGAGGAGCGUGGGGCUUCGCUCGGGCUUCUCCCAGUUGCAACACUGAUCAACAGUCUGGUGCUGGUUGCAACUUUUCAAGGUCAGUCACCGCGAGCAGCGAUUUCCCUCUCCGAAGCCCGAGGAUACGCAGCCCUGGCGAUGUAUUUGGCUGAGAAAUGAAUAGGAUGCCAAAUGAAGAAGGAUUGUAAAAGGGGAAGGUUGUGACCCCAAAGGCCGUCCUCGGCGUAGCCCGCGGGGAUGAGUCUGUGACAUGAUUCUAACUCUCAGCAGCAACUCGGGCAGCAGGUGUCGGUCCUAAGCCCGAGCGGUGGCUGCCCGGUGAGCCCUCACCGAGCCAUGCCGGACGCGCGCUCGCCUCUCGCCUGCACCUGGCGGCGGCUGCUGCUGCUUCUGUUUCUGCUGGAGGUUUCUGCUUCUCCUGCACUCGCGUCAGCUCCGGCGCCCAGGAACGAAACUUGUCUGGGGGAAAGCUGUUCACCUCGGUGGCUCCAGCGUCGCAGCAGGGACACUUGGCGACCGAGAAAUUCUGCUCUUGACCUGCAAGCCCUUGCGCCCAGGGAGGAGCCGCGGGAGGCAGCGGUGCGCACGGCGCCCUCCUGGGAGCUACCGGCCGCCGCGGGUGAUGCCCAAGGUGCCAGCGAAGGGGCGGGGGCGACUGCGGGCGACCCGCUUGGCUCCUGGAGGAGGAAGGGUAGCCGGAUUCAGGAGCACCCUCGCAUUUUGGGGAGAGGGCACCCGACGGCUCUCCAACUCUUCCUCCAGACCUCAGAGGAGAAGAAGGACCCCAAAAGCGCUCGCGUUUCUGGGCCAAGUCACGAACAGAGUGUGAGGACCGACCCCGGAGUCAGCGAUCUUUAUUACUGGCCAAGGAGAGCCGGGAAACUCCAGGGUUCACACUACGAACCCCCUCCCAAGACAGUCCAUGGACCUUCAGGACACGAAGGGCGGACAAUUGCACCCCCUGGUAGGGCUCUAGCCCAGAAUGGGUCCUCAGGUGAAGGGGUUUACGAACACGGGGGAGGCCGCCAGGGCAACAGCACCAACAGGCGCUUGCGACUGAAGAACCCCUUCUACCCACUGACCCAGGAGUCAUAUGGCGCCUAUGCGGUCAUGUGCUUGUCGGUGGUGAUCUUUGGGACAGGCAUCAUUGGCAACCUGGCAGUGAUGUGCAUCGUGUGUCACAACUACUACAUGCGGAGCAUCUCCAACUCCCUUUUGGCUAACCUGGCCUUCUGGGACUUUCUCAUCAUCUUCUUCUGCCUUCCGCUCGUCAUCUUCCACGAGCUGACGAAGAAGUGGCUACUGGAAGACUUCUCCUGCAAGAUUGUGCCCUAUAUAGAGGUUGCUUCUCUGGGAGUCACGACCUUCACCUUAUGCGCUCUGUGCAUCGACCGUUUCCGUGCGGCCACCAACGUUCAGAUGUACUAUGAAAUGAUCGAAAACUGUUCCUCAACCACCGCCAAACUAGCUGUCAUCUGGGUAGGUGCUCUCCUCUUGGCACUUCCAGAAGUUGUUCUCCGCCAGCUGACCAAGGAGGAUCUGGGGGUGAGCGGCCGAGCACCUGCAGAGCGCUGCAUCAUCAAGAUCUCUCCCGACUUACCCGACACCAUCUAUGUUUUAGCCUUGACCUACGACAGUGCAAGGCUCUGGUGGUACUUUGGCUGUUACUUCUGCUUGCCCACACUUUUCACCAUCACUUGCUCUUUGGUGACUGCAAGAAAAAUCCGCAAAGCAGAAAAAGCCUGUAGCCGAGGAAAUAAGCGGCAGAUUCAGCUAGAAAGUCAGAUGAACUGCACGGUAGUGGCUCUGACCAUCUUAUAUGGCUUUUGCAUUAUUCCAGAAAAUAUCUGCAAUAUUGUUACAGCCUACAUGGCCACAGGGGUUUCCCAGCAGACAAUGGACCUGCUUAAUAUCAUCAGCCAGUUCCUGCUGUUCUUCAAGUCCUGUGUCACCCCUGUGCUCCUUUUCUGUCUUUGCAAACCCUUCAGCCGGGCCUUUAUGGAGUGCUGCUGUUGUUGCUGUGAUGAGUGCAUUCAGAAGUCUUCGACAGUGACCAGCGAUGACAAUGACAACGAGUACACCACAGAGCUUGAACUCUCACCUUUUAGUACCAUACGCAGGGAAAUGUCCACUUUUGCAUCUGUGGGGACUCACUGCUGAGGGACAGCCAUAGGUUUGGUUAGAUUUGCUCAUUGGUUUGCUUUUCAUAUCCUGUGAAAGUUUUUACAACCUAUUUUUCCUUACUGGGGAAAAUACAAAAAAAAAAAAAAAGAGAGAGAGAGAGAGAGAAAUAUUAACGACUGUAGAACUGAUUUUGCAGAUUAAUAUUUGUGCUUUGAAAAAAAUGUUUAUAUUUAGUAUUUAAGAAGUAUGAGGAAGCUAAUGUUUUAGAUCAGUUUAUCCGGUAUGGUGCUAAUAUAUUAUUUGUAAAAGUUACUGCACCUUAACUUGAGUAAUUGCUAUUUUUUCUUUGUUUUUAAAAUAUAAUCAUUGUACAUUGAUUAUAGCCAAGUGAUUUUGGAGGCUCUUUUAUGUUUAAGUUGUGAUUGAAAGUAUAUUGUAUAUGGUAUCGUGCAUUGAUUUGUAGUCAAAAAACUUUCACAAAGUAGCACCAAAUAAAUUACACUUUAUUCUUUAAUGUCAUUUCAAUCGACUUUUAACCAACAUUCAAUAAAUCCAUUAAUUGCCUUAAGUAUACAAUUACUGGUUCUAUGAACAACUUGAAAUAGGCCUUAUUGUUUUAAAAUUC